AUGGCAGAACCGAACACUGAAUACACGCCCCAAGUCUCGAGCAAACCCACCUUGGCCGACCUGCUCACCAUUGAGAACAAGGCUUCGAUAUUCUACGCCUAUGCGAGGGAAUUGGAGUUGAGCCAGGGACUGUCCCAGAAGGAGAUGAAGAUGACGCUGUUCGUACCGACGAACAAGGCUGUGAUGAACCUGGCGAGGAAGCCGCACCAAGGAUCGAAGCUUGCUGACGAGAACAUCAGUAUUUCUGAACAAGAAUACGACCAAAUUUCGAAGGCCAAUGUAGAGCGUUGGGUAUCUGCACACAUUGUACCUGGCGCACCAAUUCCCCUCACCGGAUCUCAACAAACGCUUCUCACCUCCAAGUCCAUCACGUUCAAGCCUAUCGCCAAAGCGAAGAACCCUGACUGGACCCAAGUAACUCUGGAAGACGGUAUUCACAUCAUCAGCAAGAAGGAGGCUUCGAACGGCGAUCUGUACAUGAUUGACGGGGCCAUUGUCUCCGACGCUUCCACCCUCGACUGA